UCUUGCUCAUAGCAAGGUCGCUUCGCAGAAUGUAGAGAAAAUAUAGGCUUGUCUUAAAAUAGGGAGAACUCCAAAAUGGUUGGUUUCCUUUUGGUGUCCCUGUAAAUCAACCAUAUGGCCAACCUUCUGCCAAACUCAGAGGAUGGGGAUGUCUCUGAGGAUUCUGUCAUGGAAGGGCAGACACAGACAUGCAGCCACUGUGGUAAUGGCUCUCAAGGCAAUGUCGAAGCAAACUGUGCUUGAGGCAAUAGCGGCCGCCCGCGCUCGUGUCGGAAAACCGCUGCUCCCGCGGGAGUGGGGGGAUGUUGCCGGGUGUGAGGAGGCCCAGAUACUGCGUGCAAUGCAGUUCAACGUGCUGGCGGAGGGCUUGUCGUCUCGCAGCACGGAUAUUCCGCCCUUUCCCGAGGCGGCAACACAGGUGAGCGACGGCGGGGGAUUCACGAAGGUGCCGCAUGACGUGCUGGACUACUCGGUGAGGAAGCAUUUGGUGCUCGAGGAAGUGCUUCGAGUUGAGCCAGAUGUGGUAGCAUUGGAGGAGUGCGAUCAUUUCGAGGACUUCUUCAGGCCCGCGCUGGCUGCUUGCGGCUACCGAGGCGAGUUUUGUCGGAAGAAGUGGUCCCCGUGCGCUCCGUACGGAUACCAUCCAGAUGGCGUGGCUUUGUUUUGGAAAGAUCGCUUUGCUCUCAUGAGCGUGGAUAGAGUUGUCGACAUUCCUGAACGAGAGGAUUUGCAGUGCUGUGUGCUUGUCGCUACGCUGCAGUGCCAAAGCACUGAUGAGUACUUCUGUAUUGGCGCCACACAUCUCAAGGCAAAAGCUGUGCAAGAAAACGAAGACAUCCGUGCCUUGCAAGUCGAAGCUCUUUUGCGUUGCUUUCAAGCGCAUGUCGAUGCAGCGCCCCAUGUUCCACAUGCCCUCAUCAUGGGCGAUUUCAAUACUGCCCCUUAUGACGAGCUGGGCGUCACUGCCAAAGCCGUUCCUGCCGUGCUGUCCUACCCAGCCAUCGCUUUCAGAUCGGCCUAUCCGCUAGACCUUCCCUUCACAACCGCCAAAGUUCGGGGCGACCACAUCUCGCAGCACACCAUCGACUACAUCUUCGCCGGGCCGAGCCUCAGGCCCUCCAGACUGUUGUAUGUGCCUGGCAUCGAGGAGCUGGGCACAGUCUUGCUGCCUUGCUGGGAAUACCCCUCUGACCAUUUCAGCCUUGUGGCUGACUUGAUCGUGCCUGCAAGACAGGCUAAAGAGUCUAAGUGUAG